AUGGUUAAUCAAAAUUCAAGGACAGAAGUUCAUACUCCUACUCCUGAAAGUGGCAGGAUGUACGUCAGACCAAAUUCAUCAGAACAAUCUUCUUCUCAAGAGCCAUCAGGGCUGAGAUCAGAGCAGCAACAGCAGCAGCAACAGCAGCAGCAACAGCAGCAAUCUGAUGAUGUAUCUUUCCAGGGUGUUAUAAAGAAACGAAAUAGAACUAAAAAGAAAAAAGGAGCUAAUGUUACUUGGGAUGAGGAAGUGGUGGAUAAUGAGAAUCUUAAUAGAAAGAAAUCGAAAAUUUGUUGCAUUUUCCAUCCACAACGUAGCUUUGAAGAAGAAUUGGAAGAGGAUAAGAAGGAGGAAGAAGAUCCUGAAAGUGAUAGUGGUAGCUCAAGUUCAGAUGAAAGUGACCAUAGUGAUGAUGAAGGUGGUAGUGGAGAGAAAGGAAAACCCAAUGCUUAUGAAUAUCAACCUAAUUACGAAAAUCAAUCGAAAUUGACUUGA